AUGGCCACACCAAUCUCUAUUGUGGGACUUCUGGAGGAGGAUGCUCUAAGGAGGAAGGAGAGGCUCAAGGUGCUUAGAGAAAAGAGCAGGCACAAGAAUAAGGAAGAUGAGGAACCAAAAAAGAAACACUUCAAAGAAGACAAAAGAGGAGGAGGUGAGAAACACCUGGAGCUCAAAUUUCAGAACUAUGUCCCUGAAGAUGAAGAGCUCAAGAAGAGGAAGAGGCCUCAGGUUAAACCAGCUUCAGUGAAAGAGAAAGUGAAAGACCAGCUGGAAGCAGCAAUGCCCCAGCCCAUCACUGAGGAAGUGGAUUUGGCCAAUCUUGCCCCCAGAAAGCCAGACUGGGACUUAAAAAGGGACUUGGCAAAGAAGAUGGAAAAGCUAGAGAAGAGGACACAGAGAACCAUUGCAGAGCUCAUAAGAGAAAGACUUCGAGGCCAAGAAGAGGACCUGGAACCUGCAAAGCAGGAAGAGAGUGACUCAGAUUAAAGCAGCUUCUCCUCAGCAUUUGGCCACACCAGACAGCAGUGUGAACUGAUAUUUCUAGACCAGGCACAA